CAUUGCUCACAGUUAUGGCGGUGUUAGGGAGUCGAAAGGAUGGAGUACUGUCUUGAUUUUUGCUUUUCUCGUUGAUUCAGGAACUUGUCACCACUUUUAAUUUGUAAACAUUCUACGUUUUAUUCCUGCAACGAUGGCGGACCGAGGCGUGGAUAUGUUGGCACUACCGAAAGAGGUCAAGGACCAAUUGGCGGAGUUGGAUUUGGAACUGUCCGAAGGUGAUAUCACACAGAAGGGAUAUGAGAAGAAAAGGACUAAACUUCUGCUUCCCUUCUUUAUUCAUACACCAGUGGAAGCCCCCCCCCCUGCCUAUGAUGCCCAGGCUCCUGGUCCUAGCAAUGCCUCUGGCUCCACCCAUGCCAAUGCUCACACCCAGGCUCCUCCACCCAGCUCCUCUUCCCGCUAUCGUGAUCGUCGCUCUCGGCGACCGCACCGCAGCGGAGGGACCAGGGAUGACCGCUACCGAUCAGAUAUCCACACAGAGGCGGUGCAGGCUGCGUUGGCCAAACACAAGGAGGAGAAGAUGGCACUACCCAUGCCCACCAAACGCCGCUCCACCUACGUUCAGUCGCCCAUCAACAACUGCACCCCACCAGACUCGUCGUCAAGUUCAGAGGAUGAGGGUGCUCUGUUGAGACAGUCGUCAGUGGGUGCUGGUUUGGGGGUACCUGCCCCUUCCUCUCUGCUGCAGCCCCCCAGUCUGCAGAGCCCUGACUCCUGGAUCAACCGCUCUGUCCAGGGCUCCUCCACAUCCUCUUCCGCUUCUUCCGCCUCCUCCACCCUGUCCCAUGGAGAGAGCAAGCCCCAGCCUCAACCAUCCCAGACCCAGACCCAAGCCCAGCCCCAGUACAAGCCACAGUACCAGCCCCAAUACCAGCCCCAAUACCAGCCACAGUACCAGCCACAGUACCAGCCACAGUACCAGCCACAACUACAGCCACAGUCACAGCCACAGCAUCCAGCCAUAGCUGACAUGCUGGCUCAAGCACGCAUUGGCCUUUCAGAGAAUAGUGGACCCCCCCCAGACGUGUUGGCGGCAGCCCCCCAGGCCAGGGGCUCCUCUCAGGUGGACCGGCCCAACAACCCUCCUGUGGUCCGGGGGAUGAGCCGCGGACAGAGUCGCUCCAGCAUGAUGGAGACAGCCGACGGUGUCCCGGUGAACAGCAGGGUGUCCACUAAGAUCCAGCAGCUGCUCAAUACCUUGAAGAGGCCCAAGAGGCCCCCCCUCAGUGAGUUCUUCGUGGAUGACCAGGAGGAGAUCGUAGAGGUGCCCCAGCCGGACCCCAAUACACCACGGCCAGAGGGCCGUCAGAUCAUCCCAGUGAAGGGGGAGCCCCUGGGGGUGGUCAGUAACUGGCCUCCGGCCCUCCAGGCUGCCCUGGCCCGAUGGGGAGCCACACAGGGCAAGAGCCCUGCCCUCACCGCCCUGGACAUCACUGGCAAAUCCCUGUACACAUUGACCUACGGGAAGCUGUGGAGCCGCAGUGUGAAGCUGGCCUACACCCUCCUCAACAAACUGGGACCCAAGAACGAGCAGGUCCUCAAGCCUGGGGACAGGGUGGCUCUAGUGUACCCAAACAGUGACCCUGGGAUGUUCUGGGUGGCCUUCUAUGGCUGCCUGCUGGCUGAGGUCAUCCCUGUCCCUAUAGAGGUACCUUUGUCUCGCAAGGAUGCAGGCAGUAGUCAGGUGGGCUUCCUGCUUGGCAGUUGUGGUGUAACUCUGGCUCUGACCAGUGAGAUCUGUCUGAAGGGACUCCCCAAGACGCCCACCGGAGAGAUACUACAGUUCAAAGGCUGGCCUCAGCUAAAGUGGGUGGUGACAGAUUCCAAGUACCUCACCAAACCUGGCAAGGACUGGCAGCCCCACAUCCCUACAGCUAACACUGACCCUGCAUACAUAGAGUACAAGGCAAGUAAAGAGGGCACAGUGAUGGGUGUGGCUGUGUCUAAGGUGGCCAUGUUAACCCAUUGCCAAGCACUGACCCAGGCCUGCAACUACUGUGAGGGUGAGACAUUAGUGAACGUUCUGGACUUUAAAAAGGACAUGGGCUUGUGGCAUGGAGUUCUCACGAGUGUAAUGAACAGGAUCCACACUAUCAGUGUGCCCUACGCUGUGAUGAAGGCUUGCCCUCUCUCCUGGGUUCAGAGGGUCCACAUACAUAAAGCGCGCGUUGCCUUGGUGAAGUGUCGUGACCUGCACUGGGCCAUGAUGGCACACAGGGAACAGAGGGACACCAGCCUGGCUUCACUGCGCAUGCUCAUUGUCGCUGACGGAGCCAACCCCUGGUCGGUGUCGUCCUGCGAUGCCUUCCUCAAUGUGUUCCAGAUCCACGGGCUGAAGCCAGAGGUCAUCUGUCCCUGUGCCACCUCCCCUGAGGCCAUGACGGUAGCCAUCCGCCGGGGGGUGCCAGGGACGCCUCUCCCAGCCAGGGCUAUCCUCUCCAUGGGGGGUCUGAGUCACGGGGUCAUCAGGGUCAACACAGAGGACAAAAACUCUGCCCUCACCGUGCAGGAUGUGGGUCAUGUAAUGCCUGGAGCUCUGAUGUGUAUAGUGAAGCCUGAAGGGCCUCCUCAGCUCUGUAAGACAGAUGAGAUAGGGGAGAUUGUGGUGAACUCUCGUGCAGGAGGCAACAUGUACUAUGGCCUACCAGGAGUCACCAAGAACACCUUUGAGGUGAUUCCUGUCAAUGCUCUUGGUGCUCCUAUUGGAGAGAUCCCUUUUGUGAGAUCUGGACUCCUAGGCUUCGUAGGACCCGGCAGUCUGAUAUUUGUGGUGGGGAAGAACGAAGGCUUGCUGAUGGUGAGUGGGAGGAGACACAACGCUGAUGACUUGGUGGCCACAGCACUGGCCGUGGAGCCUGUCAAGACUGUGUAUCGUGGGAGGAUUGCGGUGUUCUCUGUGACAGUGUUCUAUGAUGAGAGGAUAGUGGUUGUGGCAGAGCAGAGGCCAGAUGCCAGUGAGGAGGACAGCUUCCAGUGGAUGAGCCGAGUACUGCAGGCCAUUGACAGUAUUCACCAGGUGGGUUUGUACUGCCUAGCCCUGGUGCCUGCCAACACAUUACCCAAGACCCACCUGGGAGGGAUCCACAUCUUCGAGACCAAGCAGCACUUCCUGGAUGGCAACCUACACCCCUGUAACAUCCUCAUGUGCCCCCAUACCUGUGUCACCAACCUCCCCAAACCACGGCAGAAACAGCCAGUGGGUGUGGGUCCAGCCUCCAUCAUGGUGGGGAACCUGGUAGCAGGGAAGAGGAUAGCCCAGGCAGCAGGCAGGGAUCUGGGCAUGAUCGAGGACCAGGACCUGAUCAGGAAGCACCAGUUCCUGUCCGAGGCUCUACAGUGGAGGGCACAGACUGACCCAGACCACUGUCUCUACGUGCUGCUCAAUGCAAAGGGGGUAGCGGUAUCCACAGCAACAUGUGUGCAGCUGCAUAAGCGGGCGGAGAAGAUUGCAGCGGCGCUCACAGAGAAAGGCAGCAUCAACACCGGGGACAACGUGGUGCUGCUCUACCCUCCUGGUAUUGACCUGAUAGCCUCCUUCUAUGGCUGUCUGUACGCUGGCUGUGUUCCUGUCACUGUCAGACCUCCUCAUCCACAGAACCUGGCAGCCACACUUCCCACUGUCCGCAUGAUCAUCGACGUCAGUAAAGCUGCCUGUAUCCUUACCACUCAGAACCUCAUGAGGAUCCUACGCUCUAAAGAGGCUGCUGCCACUCUGAACAUUAAAACAUGGCCGACAAUCAUAGACACAGAUGACCUCCCUCGCCAUAGACCCCCCACGAUCUACAAGCCCCCCACGGCAGAGAUGAUCGCCUAUCUGGACUUCAGUGUGUCCACCACGGGUAUGCUCACUGGGGUCAAGAUCUCCCAUUCAGCAGUCAGUGCUCUGUGUCGCUCCAUCAAGCUACAGUGUGAGCUCUACUCCUCACGCCAAAUAGCCAUCUGCCUGGACCCUUACUGUGGCUUGGGCUUUGUACUGUGGUGCCUCGCAAGUGUGUACUCGGGCCACCAGUCCAUCCUAAUCCCUCCUAUGGAGUUGGAGAGCUGUCUGCCCCUGUGGCUGAGCACCCUGAGCCAGUACCGCAUCAGAGACACCUUCUGCUCCUACUCUGUCAUGGAGCUCUGCACCAAGGGGAUAGGCACGCAGACAGAGAUACUCAAAGCGCGGGGGCUGAACCUGUCAUGUGUGAGGAGCUGUGUGGUGAUAGCAGAGGAGCGUGCUCGUCUGGCCCUCACCAUGUCAUUCUCCAAGCUGUUUAAGGACCUGGGCCUCUCCCCCCGCGCUGUCAGCACAGCCUUUGGAUCCAGGGUCAACCUGGCCAUUUGCAUGCAGGGAACCACUGGACCGGACCCCUCCACUGUGUAUGUGGACAUGAAGUCCCUCCGCCAUGACAGGGUGAGGCUGGUGGAGAGAGGGGCCCCUCAGAGUCUCCCUUUGAUGGAGUCUGGAAAAAUCUUACCAGGAGUCAGGGUGAUCAUUGUGAACCCAGAGACCAGAGGACCUCUAGGAGAUUCCCAUCUAGGGGAGAUCUGGAUCAACAGCCCUCACAGUGCCAGUGGCUACUAUACCAUCUAUGGAGAGGAGAGCCUGCAGGCCGACCACUUUAACACCAAGCUGAGCUUUGGAGACCCCACGACCCUGUGGGCCAGGACUGGCUACCUGGGCUUCGUCAAGAGGACUGAACUACUGGAUGCCGCUGGGCAUCGUCAUGACGCCCUGUUUGUGGUGGGUUCCCUGGAUGAGACUCUGGAGCUUAGGGGACUGCGCUACCACCCCAUCGACAUCGAGACAUCUGUGUCCCGGGCUCACCGCAGCAUCGCAGAGAGUGCGGUGUUCACGUGGACCAACCUACUGGUGGUGGUGGCUGAGCUGUGUGGCUCAGAGCAGGAUGCCCUGGACCUGGUGCCCCUGGUCACCAAUGUGGUGCUAGAGGAGCACCAUCUUAUCGUGGGCGUGGUGGUCAUCGUGGACCCAGGGGUCAUACCCAUCAACUCCAGAGGAGAGAAACAGCGCAUGCACCUCCGGGACUCCUUCCUGGCUGACCAACUGGACCCCAUCUACGUGGCCUAUAAUAUGUGAGAGGCCAGGUAGAUGGGCUGGGCAGAUCAUCGUAUGGUGGAAAAGAUUCCGGCUGUUGGAGUGGGGGUUGGGAAGAAAGUAGUUUGGACCAACCUGCUCCAUAGACAGAAAAUGCAUGGUACCACAAUGGGCAGUAGGAGGGGGUUGGCUGCACUUUAUCGACACAGCCCUUUUUGGGGUGCAUGUGGUUCAAAUCUUAGGUCUUUUACAUUCCAGGUCUGUUGGAUUUCAAGAGGCACUGUUGUGUUUUGAGAUGUACACUGUAUAAAAUGGUGUAUAUAUACAGUACCAGUCAAAAGUUUGGACACACCUACUUUUUACAAUUUUAUACAUUGUAGAAUAAUAGUGAAGACAUCAAAACUAUGAAAUAACACAUAUGGAAUCAUG